AUGUGGGUUGCUCUUUUGGUUUUGACGGCUUCUGGCAGUGGGAUUCUGGCGGUCGUGUUUCAUGUGAAAAGAGGAGAGUCUGCGAGACAGAGUUGUUCUCAGGAGGAUGUUGGAAUUAAGAUGCCUUGUAGUAUUGAGAAGAACCCAUUUUGUUUGACUGUGGCAAGCAAGGUUUGUAUUGGCACUUGGCAACUGGGAUCAUGUGACAAGAAGAGCUUUUGGUGCUGGCAGAAAUCCUGUGCUGGGGAUCCAACAUCCAAACAGGGCUUGUUUCUGGAUCCUGUCAACACACCCUCAACAAUUCCCGGUUGCAUUGUUCGUCACAAUGUAUCCUCUGAUCCCGUCAACAAAAUUCUGAUUCAAAAGGCCAUUUUCUGUUUGUGUGAUUCCGACGGAUGCAACAACGACAUCACUGAUUUGACCGGGAGACACCAACCUUAUUACGGGUUACUCAAUGGUGCAGCAAUCCUACAACAAAAUUUGCGAUGCGAAAUGAAUUUCAUUUUUGUGAAAUAG